CGCUGCUGUCCUGAACGUCAUCACUGAGAAACAACUGCAGUGUGGAAAAACGACGAUGACAAGCAAACGAGAGAAGGAGCAGCGGAGGAAGCUUCAGCAUUUUUUAGCUGACCUGGCCUUACUUGGAUCUUUGCAGGGUUUUAAGUAUUUCCAGCCUUGGUUGAGAGGCAAAGAGGAGUUGCUGCUGACAGUCGUCAACGAAGAUCUGGGUUGGCGCUCCCCGGGCUUCGCCGUGUCCCGAGCAUCGUCCAGCACGUCCGGCAGCAGUGACGGUUCCUCACCAAGUAGCAGCUCUCCCAGCCUGGCCAGCUCGGCCGGUUCGCCAGCACCUGAGACGCGAGCCUGUCCGAUACGUGCCGAAACCGCCAAGGAUUUCAGCAGUAAGGAGCAUCUACUGCCAGCUUCCCCGAGCGAGCAAGAAAUGGCAGUACCUGAGGUGAACUGCACCCUGUUUCUACUGGCUGGCUACGUGAAGUACGGGCGACCUCACGCUUGGAUUCGCUCCAACCACGAGCGCCUGGUCAGUAUCCAGGGCACGGACUCCAUGGUCAGAGACACGCCUAUGAAACUGAAGUCCAUCACAGACUGGCAGACCCGAGGUAUUCGCGUGUGGGAUGUGGUCAGCGAGCUCGUGUGUCUAUGCAUGGUGCCUUUCCCAUCCAACCCGUUCGCCUUGGACACACGCUACAUCCAAAGUCUUCCCGUGCCAGAGCGCUUCCUCGCCACCGGGGCGCUGCUCAACUUUCUGGAGACGUACGCCGUCUGCGGCAACCGCGACGAGCUGCACUACGACAAAGUGCUGGAGGAGGUGAAACCUCUCAGGCGUCUUCAUGUCCAAACCCUACUGGAGUUGCAGCGGCUUAAAAGGACAGUUGCCGAGAAAGAGCCAUCUUCAUGAACUCAAGACUGAAAAUAAUCUUUGAAAUUGUACUUGAACCCUUCCAAUGACCGGGCCAGGCAUUUUUCACACACAAAAAAAUUGCAGUUGAUUUAUCCACCUCAAUAAAAGCAUGCCCAAUUAUCCACACUCUUUUUUUCAUUUUUAGUUCAUGUUUAUUCGACCUUCCCAGUUAAAAUGUCUCACAGAAAGACCUGACCUUAAAAGAUGAAAAUUAUGAAUUUUAAAAAUUUGAUAUUAAAACCCCUCUUGAUGUUUUUGUUUUUAUACAACUUGUAAAAUUAGUUUAAGGUUGCCAUUGUUGUUGACGUCGCAGGGUGAUGACGUCACAUGGUUACGCUGCCGAGCCAGAGAAUGACUCCAGCGACAUAAACAUGAACUCGAGAGGAACAUUUAUGAACCUGGCAGCACUGUCGAUAUUUCACAAAACGAGCAGGAACAGCAAAACGAACUGGAAA